UUGCUUGACAUAUAUAGACACACACACCCCAGCUUCAUAAUGAUCAGGAAUGCCAGGUUCAAAUUUAGAAUCCUCAGACUCCCCCAGGUCCCUGGCCCAAUCUUCUCUUCCCAACCCAGCCAACGCCCACAUUGCAAAAAACCUCACAAUUGCACGUGUGGACACCCCAAGACUUAUAAAUUGCAUCCAAACCCCGACAGCCAGCCAUUCCUUGGGCCUAGAAGUGCACACCAGCAGCACAAUCUUCCCUUGGGAGGUUACCCCUGAAAAAAAGGCCCAUACAGGUCUGGGAAGUAGGCUGGGGCCAUUUGGGCAGGACCUUACAGAGUGGUAUCUAGCUGGCCGCACGCACUCUGAAUGGACACAUCCGUUUGGGCCCAUGUACUUGUUGCCUGAUGAGAAGGACACAACCAAAGAGGAUAAAGUUAAGAGCCUCUAUUGCCAGUUUAAGGGCAACACUAGAGACAAGAGUGCCCUAUUCUCCACUCACCCACCCCCACCAAAUUGAAAUGAGAGCUGACACUUCUGCUACACUUUCCAGUUUACAAAGCACCUUCACAAACAAUACUCUAAAUCAAUCCCCCCAAUCUUGUAAGCUUGUUACAUACUACCAUUUGAGAGAUGGGAAAACUGAGCUAAAAGUGACUGGCCUGAAGUCACACAGUUAAAACCUGGGUACUCCUAGGAAUCCAGUGGAGGAGUUUUCCCUCCAAAUUUCAAAGGUUAUGCUCUUUCCAUGACUCAACACUUCCAUGCAUCCCCUAGCUUUGUAAAGAACCCAUGGACUAAAAAGGAAUUGGAAAUUGUAAAUAUGUAGUUGAAACAUUCUGGAAAAAAGACCAGAGUCAGGGAAGGAAAUCUAACACCAAACACAGAAAAGUUUCUGGGAAAGAGUCUGGGCCCAGAGCAAAAACCAUCACUGGUACAAAGACUACUGUGUAGGGUAGCAAUUCCAGCUGGGUCGCGGGGGCUCGACUCCCACCCCAAACCACAAAAUGAGUGCCUUCAAAACAUUUAAGCAAUCCUCCUCCAAAUUCCACACCAAUUACAUGGGGGGGCUUGGUUCCACAGCCCUCCUUCUCUCCACCACCCGGCUGAAAAUACUUUAUUAAUGACAGGGCAGCAUAAAGCCACAGAACUCCAUCUGCUCUAGGAUAAUCCAGACAACAGUAUGGCACCAGCCCCAGGUGAGGCCCGACCCUCCUCCAGCAAGGACCCGCUAAGGCUGUGCCUCCCUCUAAUUAGCAGGGCCUGACUCAAGGCCUGGGCAGUUAUUUAGAGAACCAUCGCCUGCUCCCAGCAUAGAUAUCCAUAAGGCUGGGGCAGCAGGCACUGUCUGCUCAAAGCCAGCUGCCUGAAGCUGCCAUCUCCUCAUUCCACCAUCCCAGGACCCCUCCUGCCACCUCGGCACUCCCAAGCUCAGCAGCAUCAUGUCACUCGCACACACAGCUGCAGAGUACAUGCUCUCGGAUGCCCUGCUGCCUGACCGCAGGGGCCCCCGCCUCAAAGGACUGCGCCUGGAACUGCCCCUGGACCGGAUAGUCAAGUUCGUAGCUGUGGGUUCCCCCUUGUUGCUGAUGUCCCUGGCAUUCGCCCAGGAGUUCUCCUCUGGGUCUCCGAUCAGUUGCUUCUCUCCCAGUAACUUCAGCAUCCGGCAGGCAGCCUACGUGGACAGCUCCUGCUGGGACUCACUGGUUCACCAUGAGCAGGACGGGCCUGGUCAGGACAAGAUGAAAUCUCUCUGGCCCCAUAAGGCCCUCCCCUACUCCCUGCUGGCCCUGGCCUUGCUCAUGUACCUGCCAGUGCUGCUGUGGCAGUAUGCAGCUGUGCCAGCCCUCAGCUCCGAUCUGCUGUUCAUCAUCAGCGAACUGGACAAAUCCUAUAAUCGCUCCAUCCGCCUGGUGCAGCACAUGCUGAAGAUCCGGCAGAAGAGCUCUGACCCCUAUGUGUUCUGGGAUGAGCUGGAGAAGGCUCGGAAAGAACGAUACUUUGAAUUCCCUUUGCUAGAGCGGUACCUGGCAUGUAAGCAGCGUUCACAUUCACUAGUGGCUACCUACCUCCUGAGGAACUCCCUCUUGCUCCUCUUCACCUCCGCAACUUACCUAUACCUUGGUCAUUUCCAUCUGGAUGUCUUCUUCCAGGAAGAAUUCAGCUGCUCCAUCAAGACAGGGCUGCUAAGUGAUGAGACCCAUGUCCCCAGCCUCAUCACAUGCAGGCUGACAUCGCUGUCCAUUUUCCGGAUUGUUAGCCUCUCCAGUGUAGCAAUAUACACCAUAUUGGUUCCAGUGAUCAUAUACAACCUCACACGGCUAUGUCGAUGGGACAAACGACUCUUAUCUGUCUAUGAGAUGCUCCCAGCUUUCGAUCUCCUCAGCAGAAAGAUGCUAGGAUGUCCCAUCAAUGACCUCAAUGUGAUCCUUCUUUUUCUCCGAGCUAACAUCUCUGAGCUCAUCUCUUUUAGCUGGCUGAGUGUCUUAUGUGUGUUAAAGGAUACGACCACCCAGAAGCACAAUAUUGACACCGUAGUUGAUUUUAUGACUUUAUUGGCUGGCUUAGAACCCUCAAAACCCAAACAUCUCACCAACCCGGCAUGUGAUGAACACCCAUAGUUAAGAAACCAUGGAGCCAGAAAUUUUGUGGAAAGUCUGUCUCCUUCCUCAUAAGACAUGCACACUAAUACACAUAUACACACACACAAAAAAAAUACACACUUUAAAAUUGCUAAGCUUGGACUUAACUGAAUCAUAUAUCUUUUAUCAUGUUAUCCUAAAAGUGAGAAGACAUAAUCAAGACAUGGAAAUAAAUGUGAAAGCUGGAGCUGAAGAGUCAAAGAGCUAAAAAAUUAAGUCUAGAACAUUCUAUGAGGACAGUAUAAAUAAAAAGAAAUAAAAUCUAGACAUGCUGUAAGGAAAGAAGAUUCUAAAGGCCAUUUAUGGAGACAAUUUCAUAUCCUUUCUUGGACGCACAUUCAGCUUACCCCAGAGAGCAAGUGAGGCAAUCUGGCAAGAGAUUAAUAAAGAUGUAAACCCCU